ACAAUUGGUCGAAUGGCACGCUCAUUGAACGAGGCAUUAUCAAACACAAUCAUAAGCACAGAAGAAACUCACCUACAUCUAUCUCUGUGAACCAGCAAAGACAUCCAAAAUCCCACAACAAUUCCACCAUAUUGCCCAAUGCCAUGCAACAGCCAUAAAAUCCCAGUCACACAUAUGCAGAUCCGCAAUUGUAAUUAGCGUUCAUGAUCCAGGGGUCAGUGGAGAAACAUCCCUGUCACAUACUUCCUGAGUAGUCAUUAGAGUAAAUCAGUAAAUCUCUUUGAAUUAAUUGCAUACAUACCUGGCCUUCAUCUCUGAUUGAUGCGCAGGAUGCACCUUGGCUGUGUCCCGGACCACCACCUCCUCGCUCUUCACCUCUGGUCCACGGACGGCCUCAACGCCAAGGAGUUCGCGCUGCUCCGCUCCAUCGUGGCCGCGCGCGCGCCCAGCAGGCUGCUUGUGGUCGGCCUCUCGCCGCAGCUCCGCGCGCUCGCCGCGGUCAACUCCGAGCAGGGCGUUGCCACCGCCUCCGACAGCGCCGAGGACGCGCGGGGCGUGCUCGUUGGGCGUGGCCCCAGCAGCUCGGCGGCCGUCCAUGUUUCAAGGUACCCCGACCCGGCCGGGGAGGCGUGGGCGGUGCUGCGGCGCGCGAGGUCGAGCCCGGUGUGCCGGCGCCCGACGGGGACGGUGCGCAAGUUGGGCUGCCGGCUGGUGCUGACCUACUUGCCGCGGGAGGUGCUCGACGCGAGGUGGGACGUGGUCGUCGUCAACGGGCCGAGCGGGGCAGGUCCCGGGGAGCCGGGGAGGAUGGGCGCCAUAUACACCACGGCCGCGCGCGUGACGGGGGGCGAAGCGGUGGACGUGACGGUGCACGAGAUGAACCGGACGAAGGGAAGAUCUGACGCCACCGCCAAUCUUCUCCACCCAGCGGCGCCAUGGAUGCCGACCGACGAGCGCCUCAUCGCGGCUGCUGGCCGAUGA